AUGUCAGAACGGAUAUCACGUCUGAAGGCAAAAUUGCUUGGACGAUUAUCUCCAAAAGCGGAUGCCGACCCGAGUGCCCACCUAAAACCCCCGGGCCCUGACUUCAAAUCCUAUAGCACAGAGAAUCUGGAUCGCGAGGAACCCCUAUCCCCGAAGGAAUUAGGUUCCGUGUCUGCGCCUUCGCGCAAUUGUACCCCAUCAACCGAACGAUACAAUUCUUCCUUGCCGACUCCUAUCUCGGACCCUCCGUCUCCCCUCGAAACCCCUCCGUUAGCGACUCCUCAGCAUUCCGAUAGCACCUCCUUCCAGUCCCACUUGAAAGCUCAAACUCCAAUAGCCGAGACUCAAUUGACCCCGACCCUGGAUACUGUCGUCGAGCGUACGAAUGAUCGCCGACCUUCUGCUUCCUACUUUCCUCCCUCGAGCAAGCGCCCGAGCCUUGCGAUCCGUCGUCAAUCUCUUCUCCCGCCAACACACCAACACUUGAUUAGUGGGCUACUGGAGGCGAAUCUUUUCUCUUCCGACCAGGGCAGCGGUUUCACUCCCCUCGUUCCCCACGAGAUGGUCACACGUCGCAUUUGGGUCAAACGGCCCGGUGGCUCGGCCACCUUGGUGCCGUGCAGAGAGGAUGCGGUGGUAGAUGAGCUACGCGACCAGGUUAUCAUGAAAUACGGGAACUCAUUAGGGAGAAGCUUUGACUCGCCCGACAUUGUUAUCCGGAUUUCGCCACGAGAGGGUACGACUCGAUCAGGUCACCCCGAGCGCCUCUUGAGCCCGGAGGAAGUCGUGUCAACUAUACUCGAUACAUACUACCCUGGCGGACAAAAGAUCGAGGAAGCGUUGGUGAUCGAUGCCCCGUCACGCCGCACCCCAAAGCCAUCGCCGCGGCAUUCGGUCUACCAGCACCACCACUCGGAACCCGGCGAGCAUGGCGAUUAUUUCCCUCUCAUGCCGCCGGUCAAUGCGAACGCGGGCACACCGUCUGCGCACUCGGGAGCUGCAUCAGUAUCGGCUAGUGCGCCAUCAAUUUCCAUUAUCAACACCGGUGUUGCUCCAUUGCUGCCAUCCCCGGGAAGCCGCAGGGCACGGCAUCAGCAACGACCUCCGUUGACACGACACAAAACAAAUUCUCCCACAAUUCUUCAUUCCCAAACCCCUGCCAUAACCGAAACCGGCCCUACUCCUCAUUCCCAACCUAUCCCAGCUGCUGCUCCCGCAAUGCCAACACCUCCGGUGGCAGCACCACCGGUGGAAUCUCCGCAGAUGAAAUCACACACUCCCCCGGCAACUGCAUCACCACGCGUGGUCCGAAAAUCAAAAGCGGCCACCUCUCCUGGUGCUAUGUUUGGCGGGUUGAUUGACGGCACCGUUCCGCCAAUCAAUGUCCUCAUUGUCGAAGACAACAUCAUUAACCAGAAGCUUUUGGAGGCCUUCAUGAAAAGGUUGAAAGUGCGCUGGAAAUGUGCAAUGAACGGCGAAGAGGCAGUGCGGAAAUGGCGACAAGGUGGAUUCCAUUUGGUCCUAAUGGAUAUCCAGCUUCCCGUGAUGAAUGGUCUGGAAGCGACCAAGGAGAUUCGACGCCUGGAGCGUUUAAAUGGCAUUGGUGUCUUCCCAAAGACAGCCUCUGGACGUUUCAGCGCGUCCAAUACGUCUGCUGCGGACCGAAGACCCGGCCUUCACCGUACGGUCAGUGAAGAGGACACUUUGUCAGAUCUCUCGCUGUUCCGUAGUCCGGUCAUUAUCGUCGCGUUGACAGCUAGCAGUUUGCAAAGUGAUCGACAUGAGGCAUUGGCUGCUGGCUGCAACGAUUUCCUGACCAAGCCCGUCGGAUUCCCCUGGCUUGAGCAGAAAGUGACAGAAUGGGGCUGCAUGCAAGCCCUGAUUGACUUUGAAGGCUGGCGCAAAUGGCGUGGGUUCAUGGACUCUCCCCGCCCCGCCUCGCCAGCUGUUACAACAGCCAGUCCGAUGCAAGGUGGCUACCGCAAAGAAUCACCACGGGUGGAUCCCCCGUCGCCCUCGAGCUCCCGCAACCCUAAUAAAUCUGCUCACGAAUCCAAGCCAAACGCGCCAGACGCGCAAAUCCUGCGGGAAGAUUCAUGGGGUAGCGGGAGUCCUGACACCAUAGACAUAGAUUCAUCCCUGAGUCCGCAUUUGCCAACAUCGGGGGACGCCGCACCCAUCAGUGAUGUGACGGCGGCUCCAGAUGAAAAAUGA